AAACUGAUGCUACUACCUCAAGAGCAACAUAAAGAUGCAUUAUCAUCAUCUUCUUGCAUGGUGUACUAUGCUGCUCAGUGGUUUGAUCAUCUCUCUCACUUUUGGUUUCCAUGUUGACCAGAGCAAUAGUAUAGCCAUUUCUUGUGGAUCUUCUGCAAAUCUUAUUGCUCUCAAUGGGCGCCUGUGGGUAGGGGACAACAGCUUUUCCUUAACUGGACAAUCUUGGACUAGCAGAGCCCAGCACAAAGCCAGUUUCUUGAUAGAUCCAGUACCCUACCAGACAGCCCGGGCUUCUCGCCGCGAGUUCAGCUACAUGUUCCCAGUCAAGCCCGGCCAGAAGUUCAUCCGCCUGCACUUCAACCCAGCACCCUACAAGGGCUUCAAGAAACCCACAGCUCUUUUUACUGUCAGGAUCGGUCCGUACACUCUGCUCAGAAGUUUCAGCCCUUCCCUCGCCGCUGAUUCUCUGGGUGUCAAGAUUCUCCACAAGGAAUUCUGUGUCAAUGUUAAAGAGAGUGAAGAUUUAUUGACCAUAACAUUCACUCCAUCAUCUCAAGAAGAAGAUGUUUAUUAUGCCUUCGUCAAUGGCAUUGAGAUUGUCUCCAUGCCUACUGGCCUUUAUUUCACUCAGGAGGGGGACCUGGGGUCCCACGUUGUCGGCCAAAAGCACAGGUUCUACAUUGAUAACUCCACGACUCUAGAGAUGGUGCGGAGGUUAAACGUGGGAGGGCAUUCAAUUUCAUCUACUGAGGAUGGAAGCAUGUUUCGUGAUUGGGAAGAUGACAACAGUUACCUCCUGAUAGGAGGUGGAGGAGCUGGUGCUUCGAUUGAAACUGCCAUGAAAAUCAAAUAUCCAGAGAUCAUGCAGCAGAAAGCACGCGUUGCGCCUCUCAGUAUUUACCAAACAGCCAGGACAGCCGGUGUGCUUCCAGGCAAGCAACAGAAGAUGAAUGUUAUUCAUAACAGGCUAACAUGGAUAAUUCCAGUAGAUUUGGGAUUCAGGUACUUAGUCCGGCUCCAUUUCUGCGAAUUUGAUCCUGAAAUAUUGGCAAGGGGUGAGAGGCAAUUCCGUAUAUUGAUAAAUAAUGAGAUAGCUGAGGAUAACGCGGAUGUGGUCAAAUGGAGUGGAGUACAUGGAAUUGCAGUGUACAGAGACUACGUAGCAACGGUGGGAGGGGAUAGAGUGAAAGAGAGAGAGAAUCUAUUGAUAACUUUGCAGCCUACCUCAAAUGAGUUAUGCUGUAAAAGAAGAGAUGGAAUUCUGAAUGGCUUGGAGAUAUUCAAGUUGAGUAAUCCUGACAACUCUCUUGCUGGUGCUGCACAAAGAUCAGUGUCAAAGAAGAUUCCAGAAAGGCAGGAGGAAGUUUCCUUUGAUAGAAAGAAUGCAAUUGCAACUGCAUUUACUGUAGCACUUGUUUUCCUGAACAUUGCCAUAUAUCACCUAAGGCGUCUCUCACAGGAAAACUCUACCAUGAGAAAUAGAGAACCGUCGUCUGUGGAUCAAACUUUUCGCCAAUUCUCACUUGAGGAGAUUCGGCUUACCACAAACAAUUUCAGUCCCAAAUUCGUCAUUGGAGCUGGUGGAUAUGGUAAUGUAUACAAGGGAUGUAUGGAUGGUGGAAAAAUGGUCGUGGCAAUUAAACGUUUGAAAGAAGGGUCUAAACAAGGAGAUAAUGAGUUUUGGACGGAAAUAAAAUUGCUAUCCAAGGCCCGAAAUGAACAUCUUGUCUCCCUAAUUGGCUUCUGCAAUGAAGAAAAGGAGAUGAUGCUGGUUUAUGAGUACAUGCCUAGAGGAACACUUGAAGACCAUCUCCACAAAUUCAGCAACCAUCCGCUCUCUUGGGAAAGAAGACUCAAGAUUUUAAUAGGAGCUGCACGGGGAUUGCAUUAUCUUCACGCCUCCUACCAUAAGGUCAUACACCGCGAUGUAAAGAGCUCAAACAUUCUGAUAGAUGAGAAUUGGGUUGCAAAGAUUUCAGACUUUGGUUUGUCCAAAAUGGGGCCUGGAAAUGAGUCGUUUACUCACGUCAGCACAAAUGUAAAGGGAACGUUUGGUUACUUUGAUCCCGAGUACUUCUUGACUAGAAGAUUGACAACAAAGUCUGAUGUUUAUUCUUUUGGAACAGUGCUGCUUGAAGUGCUGACUGGGAGGCCAGCACUGGAUAAGAGGCUUCUCGAGGAGCAGAAAAGCCUUGUGACCUGGGCUGUCGACUUCAUUAGGAAAGGAGAAGUUGAUGAAAUUGUAGACCCUGGUCUAGCUGGUCAAGUCUCUCGUACUUGUUUGAACGAGUUUGUUAUAAUUGCUAGAAGAUGCUUGCACAGGCAUCCUCGUAAACGACCAGAUAUGGAUCACGUGGUGACAAGCCUCGAAUUAGUCUUGGUUUUACAACAGGAGGAGGAAGAAGAUGGGGUUAUUGACACUGGUGUUCACAGUAGUGAUGGAUCCAUAUCUUUCAACAAUCGAUCUGAACCUCUUCCAAGAAAUAACAGCAAUAGUGCUGGCCAAAGCCUGUUUUCCAUGAUAACGAGUGAGGACACAAGUGUAAAUGGGGAGAUGCCUGCUUCAAAUUUGAAGGUCUAUACUUAUGCGGCUUUGAAGGCUGCCACUAGAAGUUUCACGCUGGACAUGGAGUUGGGGGUGGGAGAGUUUGGGAGGGUGUAUAAAGGAUGGGUUGAUGAGAAGACACUGAUGCCAUAUAAAAUUGGGAGUGGAACCAUUGUUGUUAUAAGGAAGUUAGAUGAGGAAAUUAUACAAGGGCUUGAGGAAUGGCAGUUGGAUGUGAACUUCUUGGGCAGGCUUUCACAUCCUAAUCUGGUUAAGCUCAUUGGGUACUGUUGGGAAGAAAAAGAACUGCUGCUUGUCUAUGAAUUCAUGCCCAAGGGAAGCUUGGAAAACCACCUUUUUAAAAGAGAUUCUACUGUUGAUCCACUUUCUUGGGACUUGCGGCUCAAGAUUGCGAUAGGAGCAGCCCGUGGCCUGGCAUUUCUGCAUGCUUCUGAGAAGCAAAUCAUUUACAGAGAUUUCAAGGCUUCCAAAAUUCUUCUUGAUGUGGAUUACAAUGCAAAAAUAUCAUAUCUUGGGUUGGCAAAACCGGGGCCUUCUGGUGAUGACACACACGUUACAACAAGAGUACUUGGCACCUACGGUUAUGCUGCUCCUGAAUAUGUUGCAACAGGCCACCUAUACGUCAAGAGUGACGUGUACGGGUUUGGAGUGGUGUUGCUAGAGAUGUUGACCGGGUUAAGAGUGCUGGACAGCAGGCGAAGGGGCACGCAAACGAAUCUGGUGGAAUGGAAGAGGCCAUUUCUGGGCAAGAAAAAGAAACUGAAGUGGAUAAUGGAUCCCAUAAUGGAAGGCCAAUAUUCUACAGAGGCUGCAUUGCAGGCUGCUCGGCUUACUCUUAGGUGCAUAGAACUUGAACCUCGGAACCGGCCAACCAUGGAAGAAGUUGUGGCAAUUCUUGAAAAGAUUGAAUGCAUUAAGAAGAGUAAGGAGCUUUUUAGUUCCAGGUGGGCUAAUCUUUGGGCAAGCUAGAAAUCCAUAUUUCACCAUAAUAAGACCCUAGGUCACACAAAAUGAGUUCGACUUCGAAUGCGGAUGCAUGAAAGCGUUAAAAUUUUAAAAAAACAUGAGUGCAGGGCGCCUUAAAACGUCAAUUAAAAAAAACUCCCUCCCCCC